AGCUUCAGUUGUCAGUCUGCCGAGUGGCUAAACGCAUCGCCGUUCAAGUCCCGCUUUGGGAUCACCCCAUACGCAGCCCGUGAAAGUUUAUGGAUACCAGUUUCAGUGGCUUUGUGAACAAUCUUAUAUGUGAAAUUCAGCGCAAAAUCCCACCCUAAAAUAAAAUCCUCGGACAUCUGGCAGGCUGCCGUUUAGGCGGUUGAUUGCGCAAUGGUUUAUCACCAUCACAACCACGAAAAUCGGAUAAUACACUGCAGAAAACAAUUACUUUCCUGGCGGAGGAGAAGCUUGCUGUUAACGCUUUUUGUGGUGACAGCCACAGCGGUUUCCCUGAUUUCACAAGAAGCUGAGGCCCACGAUCAAAAUGCACCUCCGAUUCUAUAUGUUCGCGAGCGCAACUGGCGAAUUUCGGAGACUGAGAAAGUCGGUCAGAUAAUAGAUAGAGUGCGGGCGGAGGAUCCGGAUGGCGAUGAUCUGAUAUUUGGAAUCGAACCUCGUUUAGCCUGCCCUGGAGGUGGAAAUGGCCCUAGUCCACCGGAGAAAAUCCCCUUUCAAAUCGAUAGGGAAACGGGAGUUGUCACUCUCAACGAAAGUUUGGCGGGAAGGGCCGGUCAGAAUUUUCUCAUCUAUAUAACUGUCACGGAUGGUUUAUAUACGGCGAAAAAUGAGGUUUUCAUCAAUAUUUUGGGUGAGAGGGAGAACAGCUCUGGCUACCGACCGCAGACCUCGAUUUCGAACGUGGUAUCGCAGUUUCUGCCGCGUUUCGACCAGCUGCCCGGUGUCCAGUCCAUCCGGAAUGGCCUACCAAACAGCCGGCCAGGUGGCUAUCCACCGGUGCCCCAGAACAAUAUAUUCGGUCAGCAGCCAUUUGGGAACUUCUACCCACCGCCACCGCCGAAUAUUCCGGGACCAGAGCGAGGGGAAAGUUCCGAGGAGACGGAGCCAACGAAGGAUGAUGGGGUGACACCCACAACGGCCGUCAGGACCAGCUCCACCACUCCAAAGAGUCGCACCAAACUGACGCCGAUAACUGGCAAUAAUUCGACGAGGGUCGAGGGAAUCCCCACGGAGACGACACCGAGUGCCAGCCAUAAUAAUAACACCAGUCCCAUCGCCACCGUCUUCUCACUCAAGUCCGGCACAAUUCCGAUUGUGGUCACUGUAGGUGGAUUUUUUGCCGCCAUCGCCGUGCUGCUGGCGUACUUAUGCCGCCGACGACUGUGCGCCAUCAGCAGGAUCAAGAAGUCCAAGGAGAAGGAGGAGCUGGCCAAGAAGUCCAACCAGAGCCAGCUGAGCAGCACGCUGACCGACGACAGCCGCAACUCGAUGGUCAUGCAGCAGUGGCAGGGACCCGUGGCCUUCGCCAAUCGCUAUGUUCCCUGGGAGCGGGAUCAGCAGCUGGGCAUUGCAACAUCGCAGUUGUCAACAGGUGUCACAAACGGUGGCGAGUCCUCCGCGGGAGUGGCCAGUCCUGGGACAGGUGAGCCGGGAUCCAACUUGGGUCCUGGCUGCGUGGCAGGCGGAGCAGGAAGUUCCGGCCCAGCGGAAAAUGGUUUCGCCGGUGAGGCCAACGGCGACCGCUGGGAAUUCCCCAGGUACCGAUUGAAGUUCUUCAAUAUAUUGGGCGAAGGAGCCUUCGGACAAGUUUGGCGCUGCGAGGCCACCAACAUAAAUGACACCGAGGGCAUUACAACAGUGGCUGUGAAGACACUUAAGGAAAGCGCCACCGAAGUGGAUCGCAAGGACCUCUUAUCCGAAUUGGAGGUAAUGAAAUCUUUGGAGCCACAUAUCAAUGUUGUUCGUUUGUUGGGUUGCUGCACGGAUAAGGAUCCCACUUUUGUGAUUCUGGAGUACGUAAACCGGGGGAAAUUGCAAACCUAUUUGAGAAGCUCACGCGCCGAAAGACACUAUGGAAAUACCCACGGCAAGUCAAAUGUUCUGACUUCCUGCGACUUAACUUCCUUUAUGUACCAAGUAGCUAAGGGCAUGGACUUGACAUCUCGAGGGAUUAUUCAUCGGGACCUGGCUGCUCGAAAUAUCCUUAUAACCGACGAUCACACAUGCAAAGUGGCUGACUUUGGAUUCGCAAGAGAUGUAAUUACAUCUAAGAUUUAUGAAAGGAAGAGCGAGGGCAAGCUGCCAAUAAGAUGGAUGGCUACCGAGUCACUUUACGACAAUAUCUUCUCCGUAAAAUCCGAUAUCUGGAGCUUUGGUAUAUUGAUGUGGGAAAUUGUGACUCUGGGAUCUACGCCUUACCCGGGAAUAUCAGCCGCAGAUGUUAUGCGGAAGGUAAGGGAUGGAUAUCGUUUGGAGAAGCCGGAGCACUGUCGCCGUGAGCUCUACAAUAUAAUGUACUACUGCUGGUCACACGAUCCUCAGGAGCGUCCUCUUUUCGCGGAAAUAAUCCAAAUGCUCGACAAAUUGCUGCACACGGAAAUGGAUUACAUCGAACUGGAACGUUUUCCCGAUCACAACUAUUAUAAUAUCGUUAGUCUUAGUGGCGAAAAGUUGUAGGAUCGCCCUUCUUAUGCACUGAACCUGAACCCCCAUCAGCUUUAUUACCUCCAAAAGACUUUGGGAUAUCCCAUUCCAGUCUUGGCUCAUUAAGAGAAUAUAGAAGGUUAUACUGCCAUUACGAAUCACACUGCAAAAACAAAGUGUACAACAAACUGUAUCUUCCUGGAUAUCAGAUAAGUCUAAAUACCAAAUUGUUUAGCAUUAUCUUGAGCAUCGGAUAAGAGAAAUACUGAACAUAUACUCCAGAAUUCAAAGGCAAUUGUAAAUUCCUCUUAAAUUGUAAGAUAAUUCACGUUCACGUUUUAUUUAUUUGAUUUGUAUUAUGUAUUUUAAUUUAUCAACCGUGUAUAGAGUUAUGAUUAUAAUUUAUAUUA